AGAGAGAGAGAGGGAGUGAGUGCACAAGACAGCAACUGGAAGAAAGAAAGCGAGACAGAUAGGAGAAGAGCGGGAAAAAAAAAAUCGUUCUGACACACACGCACACACACACACCCACACGCAAACACACAGAUCUUCAAAGCCAAGGGCUUUUCAUAGACUGCCUAUUAGCUAAAGAGAUUACAUCUGGGGCCCUGCUCUAAAUAAAUAAGGUGAGAAGAGUGGCAGAGCUCAGUCACUUCAGAGGGAGAGAUCCAUCCCGCUCCACUUCAGGACCCACAACUUCAACUUCGGUAAAGAGCAGGACACACAGGAGGGACUCUUCACACAGAGAAGAGGAAAGGAGUGGAAGAGGCACACUCUGGUCUCUUUCACUGCCCACACAGACUCACUUGCAGAGGGACCAGGGAUUACACGAGUUUUGGAUUCUCCCAUCUUCUGUCAAGAACAGAUCUGUAAUUCCUGAGUCAAAUUCAAUUUGGACUUUUUUUUUUCUCCAAAGAACAUUUUUCUUCUCUCUGCUUUUUCAAAGGUUGACUGGAGCUCUUUGACGGACACUGCGGGUCCGUCUCCAAGGGCAAGAGGGUGAGUGAACCGAGUUAUGGAUGUUGACACCUUCCUUUCGGACACGAAGGGAACCAGGUCCAGAGUAGGAAUUGACAUUUACGGCGGACGCUCGGGGCUCUGCCCCCUGGCCUCUUCCCUUCUCCCAGGCAGCUCUCCAGCAUGUACCUUUCUGUGAGGCUCUUCCCAGUCCUCCACCCUCCAGUACAAUGUGCACAUGGGAAGUGACUAAGAGUGCCGCAACCUGGGUUCGUGUGUCCUAUCUGUCCUCGCUGCUGCUGCUGCUCGUGCUCGCGAUCUCGGCUCUGCCCGUGGCGUGCCACGAUGCCCGCAGGGCCGCACGUAACUCCAGGGUGGCCAACAACUCGUCUUCAACCGCAGUGGUGGUGGGCCGGCACGUCCGCAGCUACAGCCACCUCACAGGAGAUGUGCGCCGCAGGAAGCUCUUCUCCUACCAGAAGUUUUUUCUCAGGAUUGAUAAGAACGGCACUGUCAAUGGCACCAAGACCAAGGACGAUCCGUUCAGUAUACUCGAAAUCAAGUCUGUGGAUGUUGGCAUUGUGGCAAUUAAAGGCCUCAAUAGCAACUAUUACCUUGCGAUCAACAAGAAAGGGGUGGUGUAUGGAGCGAAGGAGUACGGCACUGACUGCAAGCUGAUAGAGCGGAUCGAGGAGAACCGGUACAACACGUACGCCUCGGCAGAGUGGAAGAACAAGAAGAAGCACAUGUUCGUGGGUCUGAGCGCCAAUGGCAAGCCAAUGAGGGCCAAGAAGACACGGAGAAAAAACACAGCCACACACUUCCUGCCCAUUCCCAUCCCAUAGGGCCUGUACAUGGGAAGCGUUCACUGCACUGAGGAAACACUUGGAACUUUUUUCUACAGUAUCAAGAGACGUCUUUGGAAGGACAGCACUAUGUACAGUAACUGAGCGGAACUCUUUGCUGAUAUAUAUAUAUAUAUAUAUAUAUAUAUAUAUAUAUAUAUAUAUGUUUAAAUUAUUGGCACCUGAGAUAAUAUGAGACACCAAAAUCCUUUGACGAUAUGAUGGACCAGAAAGGAUAAAAGGACAACAAGGCAAGGCCAUGCCCCCUUCCCGCCUCCCUAACGGCCUAAAGAGACAUUUCACAGAGCGUAUCACAUGUAUUGUGUAUUUGUGUAUGUGUGUGUGUGUGUGUGUGUGUGUGCGAACUUCGGACACAGUUAUUUAUGCUAUACUAACUUGUAUAGUAUGCUAUACUGACUUUCCUAACGGACUCUCUGUGCUCUGUCCGCGAAUGCAAACACAUACGGAACAGGGGUUGAGACGGAGGGACGGCGUUCGAACAGCUGGACUUAGCCAAGCAUAGCAUAAACAAGUCUAACAAAAUCCUUAUUAACAUGCAAAGCCACUGUAUUUGAUAGCUCCAUUCUUUACCUGACUGCUUUGGAAUAAAUUAUUUAUUUUAUGUAAUAUUUAAAGGGAUACAAAGACAAAAAAUAUGAAAUGGACAUUUUUUAUCAUUUAUGCUCCUCUUUUAAAAGCUAUUCUAUCGGUAAAACAUGAAUAAAUGAAUAAAUGAAUAAAUAAAUGAAUAAAUAAAUAAAUAAAUAAAUUUCUGUUUACU